AUGCCCCCCAAACACCGCGACGGCGAUGUCGUGGCCGUCAUCCCCGGCCAAUUCAUCUCCCACGCACACACCAUCUCUGCCUAUGCCGCCUUCCUGAGUGCCCUCAUCGUGGGCAUGUGGCUUCACUACCACAAGAUCGUCGAGAACGAGCACUUCGGCUACCCUAUUGAAUGGUUUCCAUCCGUCAGCGCAACCAUUGGCGACCGAUACCCCGAACGAUCCUUCUUUCAGGUCUUCAUCGCAAUCUGCUCGGGUCCGCGGUUCGCCCUUGUUUUCCUGUGGUACUGUCUGGCGAACAAGCCUGGCAGCACUUUGCCCAAGUUUGUUGCAGGAGUUGGUGUAUUCAGGACAUUGACCUGCGGAGGAUGGACAUAUGUCACGAGCACGGAUGAUCACGAUUGGCAUGACAUCUUCAUGAUCAGCUACUUAGUAGCGACUUUACCAUGGACACUGGGUUGUUUGGCACUGAGUCCGCCUAAUCCGCAGGCCAUCAAGUACCGCAAGUACUUGGGUGGUGCUUUCUUUGGUACACUCGUGCCAUUAAUCUACUUCUUCAUCCAACACAAGGUGCACAAGGUGCCUGGAGCAUACACCAUCUACGCCUUCUUCGAAUGGUCCCUCGUUCUCCUCGAUGUCGGCUUUGAUGCGAUCACUGCCCUGGACUUUAGCACAUUCGACCUCGUUGUGAAGGACACCAAGGGCUUGAGCAGAGGUGAGAAACGAGUCGAUCGUGUUCUUGAGAAGAACAAGGACAAAGCAAUUGGCCAAGUGUUCGACGACAAGUUUUCGACUGACGAGAUGCUCGAUGCUGCGGCAGAUGUCUACCUUGGCUACACCUUUUGGACGAUCCUGACCUCGCUCGGCGUUGUUGUGUGGUACUUCCCACUCUGGCACAUGGGUAUCUCUGGCUACGAAGUUGCUGUCAUGUCGACAAUUUCACCACUUCUGCUAGGCGUUCCUCCGAUCCGCCGCAUGGCCUUGAAAUCUGUGCCUACAAUACUGUUGACCACUAUCGUCGGGCUGCUCGCAUACCUCAUCAAGUCACCUGAGCUUCGUCUCGGUGCAGUAAGCUUCGCAGUCUGGCAAGGAUGUCUUGGGUGGGUCGCCGCCUGGUACAGCAAGCGCAACAGUCCUGCAAUGCUCGAAGCCAGAGUCUCUGCCUGGUUGAUCGGCCUCAUCGCCAGCAGCAUUUCAAAGUUCGCAUUCUGGACGAACAAUCCACUCUGGCCUAUCAUGAACGAGGCCAAUGGUGGUCUGAACAAGACCGGUCUCUUCCUCUUCGUGCUAGCACUGCUCCGUGCUUUCCAAAAACAGUCAAAACACAUUGACAGUGCACCGAUCGAGAAGCCAAAGGGUCCCUCCAUCUUUGCAGGCCUGGGUCUCGCCGGGGCUAUCUUCGGCCUUCAUUCUCUACUGUCGGACUCCAGCACUAUGAUCUUAUGGGUCUGGGAAGGAUACCCCGUUCGUGGACCACUCGCCGUGCCACACGGUGCUGUGACGAUUCUCGCCAUGGGUGUUGGACUCCUUGCGGGUCUUUGGUACCCGAACGUCGUGCGAAGCUGGGCAGCUUUCGGCAUUGGCUCGAUCGGCGCUGCAGUGUUGACGACGUUCAGCAACUGGACCGGAUACUACGGCGGCCUUGCCCUAGCUGUCUACCUGGUGGCGAUCACCCCUGUGCUGAUCAGCAACGCAGUGCGAUUUGCCCCAGGCCGAACCUUCUUCGUGGCUUUCUUCUUUUACAACUUCUUGGUUCUGUUCCACGUCUGGGUCGUGGCAUAUGCAUUCGUGCCUGGUGGUCCGCUUGUGCGUGAGCAUACUGAUUGGGUCAUGGCUACGACCAUGGUCAUGAUCGGGUGUGGUGUCUUCUCGACGAUCCAGAACAGUACGCCGGUCAGGCAGAAGUCCUUCCAGCCAAUCCAAAGUCCAGCUGCGAGGAGACAGCGAAGCUACUACAUCUACAUCCUACUUGCUCUGCAACUGCUCAGCGCGAGCGUAGCGUACCUCCGCUUCCCAAGCUACGAUUACACUCCUUACCACCAGGACAGCAAACUCAUCACUGCCGGCAUCUGGACGAUCCACUUCAGCAUCGACAACGACAUGUGGAGUUCUGAACGUCGCAUGGAGUCGCUCAUUCGCGAGAGCGAACUUGAUGUCGUUGGUUUGCUGGAAUCAGACCUUCAGCGCAUCAUCAUGGGUAACCGUGAUACGACCCAGUACCUUGCAGAAGAGCUCGGUAUGUACGUUGAUUUUGGCCCGGGUCCCAACAAGCACACUUGGGGCAGUGCGCUCCUUAGCAAGUUCCCCAUCGUGAACUCUACACAUCAUCUCCUCCCAUCACCAGUCGGCGAAUUGGCACCUGCCAUCCACGCCACAAUCGACGCAUACGGCGAACUGGUGGACAUCUUCGUCUUCCACUCCGGCCAAGAAGAAGAUCCCGAGGACCGCCGUCUCCAAUCAGAGUACCUCGCAAACCUGAUGGGCUCAUCACCACGUCCAUCAAUCCUCCUCUCAUACCUAGUCACAAGGCCCAAUGAGGGCAACUACAACACAUAUGUGUCAGAACGCAGCGGCAUGAAAGACAUCGACCCGACCGACUGGGAUCGAUGGUGCGAGUACAUCCUGUACAAGGGCAUGAAGCGAACAGGCUAUGCUCGUCUCAGCAGAGGCACGAUCACGGAUACUGAGCUUCAGGUGGGCAAGUUCCGGGUCGGAGCGCCCGAGGACACGAGUAAUAGGAUGGUACAUGAGAAUGAGGUUCCUUUUGAUAUGAGGUUCCCGACUCUGUUCAGAGGGCAGGGCGUCAGGGGGCAUAGAUAUCAUGUGUUUGAUGAGCCGAGGUAUUAUGCUUAG